AUGUUCUAUGAAACUGUUAAAGAAAAAGCGGAUCUUGGACAAUUCAACGGAGAAGAAAUAAUACUAUUCCCAGAUAUUUUACUUUUGACACCACGUGGACGCUACAAUAUCGAUAUGUUUCCCACGUUUCUGCGACUCCGUGGCAAGACGUACGACUACAAGAUUCAGUAUACCAGUGUCAUAAAAUUGUUUCUAUUACCAAAGUUGGAUGAUGUCCACGUCAUGUUUGUGAUUGGGCUUGAUCCACCACUUCGACAAGGACAAACACGAUACCCAUUCCUGGUAUUACAAUUUGUUAAAGAUGUGAAGGUUGAUAUGGAAUUGAAUAUGGACAAAGAGACCAUCGAGAAAAAUUACAAUAAUAAAUUAGAGGAGAAAUAUGAGGAUAAGCCCUUGUUUGAGGUUGUCAGUAGUGUCUUUAAAGGGUUGACACAAAGAAAAGUUACUGUACCUGGUUCAUAUCGAAGUCAUCAUGGAGACUCAGCUUUCAAGUGUUCGAUGAAAGCUAACGAAGGAUAUCUUUACCCUCUUGAGAAAUGCUUUCUAUUCAUACCGAAACCUCCAACCUUCAUUCCCAUACAGGAUAUUGUUAGCGUUACUUUCUCAAGAGUUUCUAACAACGCGUCAAGUUCACGAACAUUCGACUUGAAAUUUAAUCUAAAAAAUAAGUCAGCGAUUCAAUUCUCUAGUAUAAAUAGGGAAGAGCAUAAGAAUAUCGAGGAAUGGAUGAAGUCUAAAAAUAUAAAUGCACAAAACGACAUGACCGAAGACAGUAUGUUUGCUUAUAAAGCUAUUGAAGAACUCGGCGAUACGGAUGAGGAGGAGGAAGUCAUGCCAAAAUCUAGACGUCGCGGCGCUUCUGAACCAAUGGAGAUCGAUAAUGAAGAGGACGAGGACGAAAGUGUGGAUGAAGAUUUUAUCGCGGAAGAUAAUGAGAGUGAUGUUGCGGAAGAAUACGAUGAAAAUUAUCAAGGGUCAGGAUCAUCCUCUAGCGAACAAGAUGAUGAACCACCAAAAAAGAAAGCUAAAAGAAAAAAAUGA